AUACCAAUGCUGCGGAUAUGCAUUACACCAGAGCGAGCAGACUUGUCUAAUUCACUCAACAACCUACAAAUCUGAAUUCCGGUUUCCAUAACCAUGAAUUUCAUCCUUGCCGCCUUCAUCUUCAGCGGUGUAAUUGCUACAGGCAAUGCCCUGAAAUGUAACACUUGUAAACUCGUGAUGAAAGGAGAAACUGACUGUGUUGGGGAAUUAGAAGAGUGUGACGAAAAUACUUAUAAAUGCGCAACACAAAUUGAAGAGAAUGUCAUUGGUAAAGACGUAAUAACUACUGUCAAAAAAAGCUGCUUCCCUUCAGAUUUCAAGGAUUAUUGUGACAAUUAUUUUGAAUUAGAUUCUCGUCCUAAAUUUCACAUUUCCGUAUACUCCAAAUGCUGCAAUGAAACGGACGGGUGUAAUACAGGCCCAAUCCAAAUGCCGCCUAGAAACACAACUCUGAACGGUCGUGAAUGCCCAGUCUGCUUUGAGGAAGGCUCCGACAAGUGCAAAUCAAUUGGAAUGAAAAAAUGUGGUUGCAAUCAGCUACAGUGCUUAACCUACAGUGGCCGUGCAGCUCGCCCAGAUGAACCUCCCAAGGACUAUGCAAUUCAAGGCUGUGUCACUCCGGGUGCAUGCGAACUUAGGCUUCAGGGAUUGCCAGGAUCUCAGGUUUUAACUGAUGGCUACAAAUGCACCUAAAGGGGAACAUUUGAUGGAUUGCAGAGUUAACAAAUCUGUGUAGUAAUUCAGUUAUUUGCUUUUCCCUUGAUACUGCCCAGCAUACUGGAGGUCACCACCUCUUCUCUUCUUCUUGCUUUCUCUCUCCAGUGGGUUACACUUGCAUUGCCGAGCAAUAACCAUCAUGUUGGAGGCAUUGGUAGUAGGGCUGGUGCUACCAUUACUUUAAAGAGGCGGCCCCAGUCCUCUAUUUAGCCUAACAUUAGUGAGGGGGUUUCUAGUCCUAGGCAAUUUCUUAGAACACAACAGGUCGAGCAAUGAGUAACAAAGUUACAUAGUUAGUCAUAUUGAAAAAA